CAGUGGGCUGUCACGCAGAAGAUGAGGCUGUGAUUGAUGAACUGCAAACCCAGGCUAGUGCUCCCAAAGAGAGACAUCCUCCCUACCAUCCCAGUGGCCUCCAGAUCCAAGACAUGCAACCGGCAGACACAGAAUGGCAGCCACCGAAGCGCUGAGGGGAGCCCUUCCUGUCGUCUCUGUCCCAGCUCCAAGUUCUUUUCCAUGAUGGCCUGCAACAGCUCCACCACUGAGACCUACCAGUACUGGCUGCUGAACGGAAGCAAUGCGUCAGACCCCGGGGUCACGCUGCCCCCCGCCCCCCUCAGGAUAUCCUUGGCAGUAAUCAUGAUGCUGAUGAUCGUGGUGGGGCUCCUGGGCAAUGCCGUUGUCUGCAUCAUCGUGUAUCAGAGGCCAGCCAUGCGCUCCGCCAUCAACUUGCUGCUGGCCACGCUGGCCUUCUCCGACAUCAUGCUGUCCUUGUGCUGCAUGCCCUUCACGGCCGUCACCCUCAUCACGGUCCACUGGCACUUCGGGGACUACUUCUGCCGGCUCUCCGCCACCUUGUACUGGUUCUUCGUCCUGGAGGGCGUGGCCAUCCUGCUCAUCAUCAGCGUGGAUCGCUUUCUCAUCAUCGUCCAGCGCCAGGACAAGCUGAACCCGCGGCGGGCCAAGCGCAUCAUCGCCGCGUCCUGGGUGCUGUCGUUCUGUGUCUCCGCCCCGUCGCUGGCAGCCCCGACGCUUGUGGAGGCGCCGGCGCGGGCCCCGCAGUGCGUGCUGGGCUACACGGAGUUCGCGGCCGAGCGAGCCUACGUGGUGGCGCUGCUGGUGGCAGCCUUCUUCGUGCCCGUUGGCGUCAUGCUGUGCUCCUACCUGUGCAUCCUGCACACCAUCCGCAAGAACGCCAUCCGAGUGCACAGCCAGUCGGACAGCCUGGACCUCAGACAGCUCACCAGGGCUGGCCUGCGGCGGCUGCAGAGGCAGCAGCAGGUCAGCUUGGACUUGAGCUUCAAGACCAAGGCCUGCACCACCAUCCUGAUCCUCUUUGUGGGCUUCUCGCUCUGCUGGCUGCCGCACUCGGUCUACAGCCUCCUGUCCGUGUUCAGCUGGGGGUUCUACUGCAGCCCCUCCUUCUACACCACCAGCUCCUGCAUUUUGUGGCUCAGCUACCUCAAAUCCGUCUUCAACCCCAUCGUCUACUGCUGGAGAAUCAAGAAAUUCCGCGAGGCCUGCAUCGAGUUGCUGCCCCAAACCUUCCAAAUCCUCCCCAAAGUGCCUGAGCGGAUCAGAAGGAGAAUCCAGCCCAGCACAGUCUAUGUGUGCAAUGAAAACCAGUCCGCGGUUUAGGGGACCGGUGGCAGGAGCACGGAUGGUUCCAGGGCCGAGCUCGUCUGUCCUUCUGCUCAGAGUCCUGGCACUUUGGCUGUAGCCAGCAUUUUCGGUGGCCCUGUAAGCACAAAGGUACUCAUCUAUUACCAGAUAAGCUGCUGCUCUAAGUUUGCAAGAUGAAUUAUUUUUGUUUCUCACUGCAGGAGAGCAGUAUGUGGGUCUGAUGGGAACUGGAAGGCAGCUGGGACAAAUGGCAAUGGGUUGGGCAGUGUGGGCAGGAAGUGAGGGAAGAGGAGGGGGCAGGGAGGAAGGCUCUGUCCAAAGGGCUCCCAGGACUCCUGCUUAACAGAGACCUGUAGGUGUCAUCUCAUAGGUUACCACUCACUGUAUUUGACGCGGUGUUCUUAAGAGGUAUUUAUAUUUGUGACAAGUGGGGAAACUUGCAAGGAUCUCUGUGUCGGUCGGUAUGCAUCUCUGAUCACGCCCAAUCAUCCUUUCUAUAAACCAAAGUCGCGCUAGGAGGCAGAGUGAGCCCCUGUGCUUUUCAGUUUGCCAGUGUAACACAUGGGAGGCCUCGGUGGCCUGAAGCACAGAGAAGAUUGGCCUCAGCUGAGGGCUCGUGCAUGUUCCCAGCCCCUCCUACUGACUCAGCCCUGUCCCCCAGCCCUGACGCCCUUAACCCUCUCAGCCUGCCAUGACUCUCCUCUUUCUUUCCCUCCACUGUUCCCCACCCCUCCCUUUGUUUCAUCCCAUCCAGCCAGCUCACAGAAAAAAACAAACAAACAAAAAAAUCACUCCUCCUGUAAUUCAUCUUCUCAGCAAGUAUUCUGUAGUGACUUGUACCAGCUGCAGAAGUGGUUGGUAGGCUUUGUUUGCAUGUUUCCUGUCACUGCCCUGAGGUUGCAGGUUUUGUGAGGUGUCACAUGGACUUCAGCACUGGGGCUACAGGCAGGGGACAUCAUAAAUGCCCGACCCUUGGAGCAAUUCCCCAUUGCUCUAUGCUCCUCUUACCUCACUCAGAGCCGCCUGACUGCUGCUGCCUGGGCCAUCUACCUGAACCUGGGGCCUCCAGCCCCACAUGGGACUGCGACCCCGGGACUAAGGCUGCCUGGAGGGGACCUUUCUGUUUGGACCAUACCCUUGGCCACUGUGUACAGGGUCACCCAUUGCCACCAGGAGCGUCCGAUGGUGGUGGAUGAUUUUCAAGUUCAGGCAGGCCACUGAGUCCCCCGAGUUCUCCUCAGAGUUUCAGAUCUGAGGAGGAAGGGAAGUUUAAGGAGAGACUGAGAAAAUCUGAUUCCGAGUCUGCCUCUGUAGGAGACUGGUCAUGCGAGCGUGUUCUUUUCACCUCACUUCUCUGGGUCUCAGUGUCCCUGUUUGCCACAUGAGGAAGGAUGUCUGGCUGGCCUCCAGGGCCCCUCUCUCAGAUUCUAAAUGGGAAUGUUUCCUGCUGAGAGUCACCAGAUUCCUUGCAUUUAUUAAGUGCCUACUGGAUGCAAGGCACUGUGGGGGAUAGUGAUGAAUAAGGUAUGGGCUACGAGCGAAAGCAGCUGUCAAAGUUAUUUCAGGAUGAUUGUGACUUGAAUUUGGCCUAAGAGCACAGAAGCUCUCUUUUUGUCUCUUUUCUCAUUUCCUUUCCAAGAUUGUAUUAAGAGGCCAACUAAUGCUCUCUUCCUGUGGAACUGGUGACAGAGGCAAAGAAAGGGAACAUCACUAACAUUAAUCUAAGCCCAGAGGAAGGUCUGUCAAGGAAAUGCCACUUUUUUUCACCAACUCCUCAUCUUUUUAUAUUCAGACGAGAGAGAGACAGAGACAGAGAGAGACUGAAGAUUGGCAAUAGGUGUGUGAUUGAUUGAGGUGGGUCCCAGCGAUUCUGUGUCCCUAGUGCACCCAUUAAGGCCAAGGUUUGCCUUCAGUUCCCAUGAGGCAAGUUGCAUGGCCUCCUUGGCGUCCAAGAACACAGCCAGUCCACCCAGGGUAACAGGCCACUGGGCGCCUCCCCACUGGUGGGCAUUUAAGAGAAUGUUCUUGAGGAGAAAAAGAGAACUCACACACUGAAUGAAUGAAGGUAUCGAAAUUUACAUCAAUCAGUGUUAUAUGACAUAUGCU